GAUCAGCUGACCGGGUCACGUGACCACGAGGUUUUCUUUGCGUCUCUGCACAAAAUGGAGUUGUCAGAUUCGGUGGUAAAGGGGCUUCAAACCCUAGCCGAUCCAGCCUACUUUGGUUUAAAAUCCUUCACCAUCUUUACCGAAGGGGCCUUCCGCAGUCUGCUGUCGUUUCCGACCGACAGCGUUUUCGACUACCCAGAACUGAAAAACAUUGAUCAGGCCCUUCUGAAACACUGUCACACUGCAGCAACAACAUUUAUACUGGAAGUAGUAAAACAGAAUGCAGACAAAUCAACUUUAUGCUCAUGCCUCGAAGACCUCAGAUUUGACAGCGAGCGAGUGGAGGCAUUUUAUGUGCUCUAUCAGGUGAUACCCUCAUUCAAAGUGUGUUGUAUGCUGAGUGAUUUGUGAACAAACAUGUUCAUACAUUGCUUUUUAUCUUUCCUUUAGAAAAACAAAGCAAAUGUGGAAAAACUGUUGUCAAGCAUUGAUAGAUGCCCACCUCAUAUAACAGAUGUUUCUUGGCGCUUAGAUUACUGUAUAAAGAACAGCCAUGUGCAUAAGGUCAAUCAGCCAUCCUAUCUGAUUUCUUUCAACACUGAGAAUGGUAAGAAUAAUGGAGCCUCUUCAGAACUAAACUUUAACUGCACCUUGGAACAACUCCAGGAUUUAGUGGGCAAGAUGAAAGAUGCAGCGAAGAGUGUGGAGAGAGCCACCCAGCUACCUUCCAUGACGAUGCAUCGCACAACAAGAAUCAAGAUCACAGAGCUAAAUCCACAUUUGAUGUGUGUAUUGUGUGGUGGAUAUUUCAUCGAUGCAACCACAAUCAUAGAAUGCUUGCAUUCAUUUUGUAAAAUGUGCAUUGUCCGCUACCUGGCGACCAGUAAAUACUGUCCCAUAUGUGAUGUCCAGGUCCACAAAACAAAGCCUCUUCUCAAUAUUAGGUCUGACAAAACUCUGCAGGACAUUGUGUAUAAGUUGGUCCCAGGUCUUUUCAAAAAUGAAAUGAAGCGAAGAAGAGAUUUCUAUGCUGAACACCCAUCAGUGGAUGCUGCAAAUGGUUCUAAUGAAGAUCGUGGUGAAGUUGCUGAUGAGGAUAAGAGAAUCAUCACAGAUGAUGAGAUUAUCAGUUUGUCAAUUGAGUUCUUUGACCCCAAGGCUAAACAGCAAGGGAGUGAGGGAGAGAAACAGACAAAGGAUGAGGCAAACAACAAGAGGUACCUGCAGUGUCCUGCUGCCAUGACUGUAAUGCAUUUGAGGAAGUUUCUGAGAAGUAAGAUGGACAUACCAUGCUCCUUUCAGAUUGAAGUGAUGUAUGAGGAUGAACCCCUAAAGGACUACUACACAUUAAUGGACAUUGCUUACAUUUACACAUGGAGAAGGAAUGGACCGCUACCCUUGAAAUAUCGAGUACGUCCCAACUGCAAAAAGAUGAAGAUCGCUCACACACAGGAUGGCUUAAGCAGUGCCAACCGCUCAGAAAGUGACUCUGCAAGUGACCAGGCCAACAGCCCAGCUGGAGCCCCAUCUACAUCCUCACCACUACCAAGUCCAAGCACACCUGUUCAGUCCACUCAUCCUCAUUUUCCUCAUAUUUCCAACCCAGUCAACGGCUCCUCAAUGGGAAGCCCCAAUCGGCAAUUUACGUUCAGCAACAAAAUGCGAAAAGCGUCUCUGAAUGGAUCUUCUACUUCUUCGGGGUGAUGGGGUUAGACCUGAAGCCAACUCCAGAUUACCCAGCUAUUUUCCAUGCCAAUGUCAUGUCAUUGUAGCCAUUUUAUUGUCAUUAUUCCUAUUACAUGUGUAACUUUUAACAUAGUGGAAGUGACACAUUUCAUCCAAUUGCUGGAGUAAAUUUGGGAACGAUAGCCUCAUUGUGGCUCUAAGCUAUGGGAUUUGCAGAACAUCUGAAACAGUUUGCAUAAUAGACUGAAUCUACUUUUCUAUAUGCAUUUUUUUUUUUACUUUUUUUUUUUUUUUUUUUUUCCAAAACGAUUCCAGAGGUGUUGCUUGUAUUUUAAGCGUGUACUUUCUUUUAAACACAUUAUAAAGGCUAUAGUUUGCCUUCCUUGGCUAGUUAGGCCUACUAAACAUUCCUGUUAUAUUCAACUGGCAUUUGACGUUGUAUCAAAGAAAAUAUUAUAUAUUCAAUUCAGUUUAAACGGAUUAGAGAAAUUUAAGUUGUAGUUGUUGUGCAUAUAUAAUUUUUACAGCAAUGUAAAGUCUAAAGCACCAUGGGAUUACCCAUUACCCUGCCCCACCCCUCCAAACUUCAAGGUUAUAACCUAGGCCGUGUAGAUAGGCUCACUUCAGUGUUCAUUUGUCUUAUUAUUGUUUGAUCGUAUGAAUAAUUAUUGUAUUGUGACUGUUGCACAGUAUAAAAAAAAAAAUAAAUAAACAUUUUACACUUUU